UGCCUGAGCGAGGAGGAGCCCGAGCCACCGGCGAAGCCAAAAAGGAGGCAGCUCUACAGCUUCUUCACGGCCGGUGGGACGGGCUUCGAGGCGUUCUUCACUGCCGGCAGCGUGUUGGUGGUGGCCGUCUGCACCAAGAAGGACUACAUGACAGUGGCAUUGCCGGAGUUUGCCUUCAACGACUCGGCUUGGCAUUGAGUUGACAUCGCCGCCCGCCGGCCCUUCGGCCAGAACAUCGUCAGCAUCUACACCGAUGGGCACCUGCGGAAAACGGCGCAGCUCCGCUUCCCCUCCCUCCACGAGUCCUUCACCUCCUGCUGCAUCGGCUCCGCUGCCCCCCCCACCACUGCUGGCCACCCACUGGCAUCCCAUGGGCCAGAGCUGAUCUUCCCCCAACGCCCCGCACUCGGCCGCUCCCAGUCCGUCCCUGCCGCCCUGGGCCCCCACGCUUGGACCCCUACUCAGCCCCCCACGGAGGGGGUGGUGGCCACCACAGCGGCUGGCAGCCAGGACACCGAGUGGGGCAGCCCCACAUCUUUGGAAGGUCACCUCGGCUCCGUGGCCAUCUUCUGCGAGGCUCUGCAGCAAGCCCAGGUCAAGGCGCUCUUCUGCGCAGGGCCAAACAUCACGUCACCAUUUACGCUGGAAGGUGACUUGGUGGAGCUCAGCAGCAAGCUCUUGCUGUACUACACCCCACAGGCCUGCAGGAACAACAUCUGCCUGGACCUCUCUCCCAGCCACAGCUUGGACGGGAGGCUGACGGGGCACAAGGUGGUCAACUGGGACAUCAAGGACGUGGUCAACUGCGUGGGUGGGAUGGGCGUGCUCCUGCCCCUGCUCGAGCAAGUCGUGUCCAAGAAGGAGGAGCCCGAGGAUGAGCAGGAGACCAACGACCUGGUGGGGCCAGAGCUGACGUCCUCCAGGAACGCCCAGGGCUUGCUCAUCCCACUGGGCAAGUCCUCAGAGAGCAGGCUGGAGAAGAACAGCGUGGCCGCCUUCCUGCUGCUGGUGAAGAACUUCAUCCGGAACCACCCAGUGAACCAGGAGAGCCUGGUGCAGUGCCAUGGGCCGGCCAUCAUCGGGGCGCUCCUGCAGAAGGUCUCCGGUCCACUGCUGGACAUGAGCACGCUGAUGGCUUCGCAGAUCCUCAUGGAGCAGGUGGCCUCCGAAGGCAGCGGGCUCCUGCUGCACCUCCUGUACCAGCAUCUCCUCUUCGACUUCCGCAUCUGGAGCAACAGCGACUUCGCCGUCCGCUUAGGCCAUAUCCAGUAUCUGGCCAACGUCAUCAAGGACCACAAGCAGCGCAUCUGCAAGAAGUACGGGGUGCAGUACAUCCUCGACUCCAUCCGGACGUACUACAGCACCUCCAGGGAGAAGACCACAGCCACCGACGACAUCAAGACAGUGCAGACGUCCCUUUUCAGCUUGGUGAAGGAUUUCUUCUGCAGGAACUUCUCUGGGGAGGAGAUGCAGAGCUUGCUGAGCUAUGUGGCCGGGGCGCAGGACGAGCAGCAGGUCUGUGGGGCGCUGGAGGUGAUCCACAGCCUGCUGAAGGGCUCGCCUGCCCAGGAGCAGCUCUUCGCCUUCCUCUUUGAGCCAGGCCAUGUGGAGGUCCUCUUCUCGCUGCUCGUGCAGAAGAAGUUCUCAGAUGAAGUGCGGGAGAGAGUCUUCAAGGUCCUCUACAAGAUGCUGAAGUACGAGAAGGUCCCCGAGCGCAGCAAGAAUCGCCUGAAGCUGAAGGAUAUCGGGUACCAGGGGCUCAUCGCCUGCCUCAGCGACAUUCCCGGCUCCAUGCUGCUCUUCCGCUGCCUCUCGGAGCAGGUCCUCGGGGCAGACCCCCCCAACUAUAAGGACCUGGUGGCCGUGGUUUACCUGUCCCACCGUGCCGAGCUGACCGUCCGGCUUGAUAUCUGCCGCAAGCUCUUCCACUUGAUCUACGCGCAGCAGGACAUGGUGAAGCAGCUGGCGAGGUUGGCCGGCUGGCAGGACACGCUCACCAAGCUCUACGUCAAAGAGCCUCGGACCAGGAGCUCUCCGAGGGCUUCUCCGACCACUCCAUCUCCCCGAACGGCCGCACCAAGUCCACCCAGCCGCUCAUCCUCCAACCCUGGCGAUGGGCCUCCCUUCGAUGGUGUCUACCACCCACUCUCGCCCUUCUCCACCUCACCCUUUGACCUGGGGCUUGACCUGGCCAGCACCAGCUCCAUCGCCACGGCUGAGAGUGGCACGCAGACCCCCGCCAGCGGCGCCGGCACCCCCUCGCCCCUGGAGAGCUUCAAGCCCUUCCCAGGGAUGCGAGCACACAAGAGCUCCAGCCUCUCAAACGUCCUGGAUGAGAGCAGCUACCAGGACGUGCUGCCCAGUGACAACGUUUCCAACACUAGCAACCCCCAGCAAACGCCCGAGGAGGAGCUGUGCAACCUCCUGACCAACAUCAUCUUCUCGGUGACGUGGCGUGGGGUGGAGGGCUGGGACGACGCGGCGUGGAGGGAACGCGGGCAGGUCUUCUCCGUCCUCACCAAGCUGGGGACGGCGUGCGAGCUGGUACGGCCCCCUGAUGAGAUCAAGCGCAGCCUGCUGGAGAUGAUGCUGGAGUCGGCACUGACGGACCUGAAGGAGGCGGGACCAGGCGCGCUGCCCGGUCUCACCCACAAUGCCCUCAAGCUGCUGCGGCUGCUCCAGGACUUCUUGUUCUCCGAGGGACACAACAACCAGGCCCUAUGGAGCGAGAAGAUCUACGAGGGGGUGAGCAGUCUGCUGGACAAGCUGGGCGUCUGGUACCAUCUGGCCAACGGCACCUCCGACCUCAAGGAGAUGGCCCAGACGGGUCUACGCAUCCUCGUGGGCUACAUCAUGCUGCAGGACCCCCAGCUGCACUCGCUGGCGUACGUGAAGCUGCACAGCCUGCUGCAGACCGCCUCGGCCCCCAAAAAGGACGAGGCUUGCUACCUGCUGGGCAAGCUGGAGACCCCGCUACGACGCUCGCUGGAUGCCAAGUCAGAGACCUUCUCCUGGUUGGUGCCCAUCAUCCGGACGCUCAUGGACCAGUGCUACGAGACCUUGCAGCUGCAGCUCUUCCUGCCCUCGCUGCCCCCCACCAACGGCAGCCCCACUUUCUACGAGGACUUCCAGCACUUCUGCACCACCCCAGAGUGGAGGGGCUUCAUUGAGAAGCAUGUGCAGCCCACCAUGGCCCAGUUUGAGAUGGACACCUUCGCCAAGAGCCACGACCACAUGUCCAAUUUCUGGAACGCCUGCUACGAUGCCAUGAUGAGCAGCUCCCAGCGGCGAGAGCAGGAGAAGGUGGCCAGCCGCAAAAUGUUCCAGGAGCUGGUGCUGGAGCCGGCGGCGAAGCGCACCAGGGCGGAAAACACCCGGCACGCCAACAUGCUCAAGCUGGCCAACAACCACCACGGCACCGUGAUGAAGCAGGGGCGGCCCCCGAACCCACCAGAGGUUCGCUGGAAGCUGUCGAGCGCCGAGACCUACUCCCGGAUGAGGCUGAAGCUGGUGCCCAACCUAAAUUUUGACCAGCACCUGGAGGCCAGCGCCCUGCGGGACAAUCUGGGAGCUGACCACCUCCACAACCCCGCCGAGUCCCUCCCACUUGCCAUGGCCAAGGAGGCCAAGGUGAGCGAGCUGGAGGAUGACCAACUACUGGCUGAGGAGGACCUCCCCGUCCUGGACAACCAGGCUGAGCCCAAGGAGCAGAACCAACGGGAGAAGUUGGUGGUCUCGGAGGACUGCGAACUCAUCACGACGGUGGCCGUUGUCCCCGGCCGCCUGGAGGUGACAACCCAGCACGUCUACUUCUACGAUGGCAGCAGCGAGAAGGAGGAGACGGAGGGAGGGAUUGGCUAUGACUUCAAGCGCCCCUUGUCCCACCUGCGUGAGGUCCACCUGCGCCGCUACAACCUGCGCCGCUCCGCGCUCGAGCUCUUCUUCAUCGACCAGGCCAACUACUUCCUCAACUUCAAAAAAAAGGUGAGAAACAAGGUGUACUCCUGCAUCCUCGGCCUGCGUCCCCCCAACCAGAUCUACUUCGGCAGCCGGUCGCCCCAGGAGCUGCUGAAAGCCUCAAG